AUGCUCCCUCUGCAGCGCCAGGCCCUACGUAUCCGAACUCCUUUGGCUUGUCCUGCCAAUUCUCUCCAAUCUGCGCAUACGAUAUUCUCCAAAAUAUCACCCCCAAACCGCGCACUUCCACUAAGAUGCCUUGCAACCCAAGUCGACAGAUCCACUGCACUCCCACAGUCUGAGAACCAGAAAGAGCGAGUCGUCAUUCUCGGAUCUGGCUGGGGUGGAUACACACUCUCGCGCAGGCUCUCCCCUAAGAACUACUCUCCUCUCAUCAUCUCACCUCGGUCAUACUUCGUCUUCACUCCUCUCCUCACCGAUGCGGCCAGCGGAUCCCUCGAUUUCUCGAACAUUGUCGAGCCUGUUCGUGAUCCCCGGUCCAAGGUCGACUUCAUACAAGCAGCCGCGCGGGCUAUCGACCUGAAAAAGAAGACUAUCCUCUGUGAAGCAACUGUGGUCAAGAGUGGAGUCACCGAGUCACCUCGAACAGAGGAUAGAGAGACCGAGGAAGGCCCGGAGACCACGAGCAAGAAGCCCAUGCAGAACCAGCGUCUGUGGGAACAGGGAGAGACUUUCGAGGUCCCGUAUGACAAGCUUAUCAUUGCGGUAGGGGCAGUCAGCCGCACUUUUGGAACACCUGGAGUGAGGGAGAAUGCUAUGUUUUUCAAAGACAUCGGAGACGCUAAGCGGGUGAAACGCCGCGUGCGAGAAUGCUUCGAACUAGCCGUUUUGCCGACAACUACUACGGAUAUGCAGAAACACUUGUUGCACUUCGCAAUCGUCGGGGCUGGUCCAACUGGUAUUGAGCUUGCAGCGUCGUUGCGCGAUUUUAUCUAUGAUGAUAUGAUGGUGCUAUACCCUACCCUAAACGCGAUCCCCAAGAUCACUUUGUAUGAUGUUGCGCCCAAGGUCCUGUCGAUGUUUGAUGAGUCGCUUUCUCGGUACGCCAUGGAAACAAUGAAGAAAGAAGGCAUCGAUAUUAAAACCUCCCACCAUGUCAAGAGCUUACGCUGGGGUCCGCCUGGAGGUUCAUCGCUCCACGAGAUGGACCCCAAGCGUUGUCUGACCCUCGAGACGGAAGAGGAAGGUCAAGUUGGCGUUGGAAUGUGUGUUUGGGUAACGGGUAACGCCAUGCCCAAAUUCAUCACCCAAUCUCUGGGCACAGUCGACUUCCCAACAAACUCAAUCCAUGCCUUUGAAGGCUCCGAGGAAGUCCCCGCCAGUGCAGAACAAGAAUCAUGGCAAUUCAAGAAAGCCCCCAGGAAGGGCCCGCUGCUAGUCGACGGCCAUCUACGCGUUCAGCUACAGAACGAAGCUGGUCAGACAGCAGUUCUCCGGGACGUCUUUGCCCUGGGUGACAACGCCAUGCCAGAGACCGGCGCCCCCCCUGCAACCGCACAGGCCACCUUCCAAGAAGCGAAGUGGCUAGCUUCUCAUCUAAACAAGAAAGACUUGAACCAGACUCCGUCUUUCUCUUUCCGUAAUAUGGGUACAAUGGCAUACAUCGGAAGCGAGCGCGCGCUGAUGCAAAUCCCACACGAAGAUGCUGGGCAUACGCGCAAGUAUCUGCCCGAUGGUAUCAAGGGACGUACUGCUUCGCUUGUUUGGAAUGCGGCAUACAUCACCAUGAGUAUCAGCUGGCGCAAUAAGUUCAGGGUGGCUUUCCGGUGGACCUUGAACAAGAUCUUUGGCAGGGAUGUCUCCCGCUUCUAG